AUGAGCAAUGCCAGCACAGGCUCAAGGGCCUGCGAGUUCUGUUACGCCCGCAAGGUCAAGUGUAUCAUGACCGAUUCCAAAGUCUGCCGCGCCUGCAAAGAGAACCGGAUCGAAUGUCGCCAACGAGAGACGAGAAGACAAGGUAGGCCACGCGGGCACAGCAAACAUACUUUCCGAGCAACACCAAGUGGAUGUAAGUCGAUACAGGCCCAUAAUAUUGAUCAUGCCCUGACAUCCAUUCACAGCCGCCUCGGACAUGUCCUCCGCGCGAAGGUCUCCUCCCUGCGCCGUCCGAACAGAUUCAGCAAUCUCAAUUCCAGAAGAGGACCUGAACGUCUCGACGAUGGCUCCGCUCCAACAACAGGAUCCGUUCGCAUUCUUCGAUGUCUCGACAGACCUCACCAACUUCUCAAACCCGUGGGACAAAAGCGUAUAUCCAAGUCCACCCAUGAGCACAUCUGAGCCAGUUCCACAGCAGAUGUACAGCCCGACAAGCCAAAUGAUGAUGGGUUAUGGCCAAGCAGAUGAAGGCGGCUGUCAACCAGUCCCAGAAUCUUUUGCUCCAGAUUCACGUGCGCAUCAAGAGGGCAAUGGAUGCGAUGGUGCCUGA